ACAUUCACUAGAACAGCCAAAUACACAGCCUCGCCCAAUUGCAAACAAAUUCGGUGCGAAGACAAGAAUGGCGUAGAAAGAUCGCCUGUUUGCGAAAGAACACUUUAAAUCAUUGGAAUUCAGCCGACAGGGGGAAAAAGGGUGGUCAAGCUAGAGUGCCCAGCGGAGUAUGCCGGGCCUGACACCACGUGACAUGAACGGAUACGGUGAUUACAGCGGCCCAAUGAGGGGAGGCGGAUCACAGUUUGUUGCCAACGGAUCCUACCCUGAAGAAUAUUACCGCAGUGGCUUUAGGGAUGAGGAUCCCUACAGACGGGUUAACAGAGAAGACCCUUAUCGAGAAAACCCUUACCAGCGCAGGGAGGAUGUCUAUGGAAGGGUGGCCACUACUAACGGCCGCUUCAACGACGUCGCUGGGGGAGAUCAGAACAGUUUGUUAGAUUAUGCACAACAUUCAAAUGAACCUGUGUUUGAGCUGGAUCAUUUGGCAACCUACACAGCCGGCACACGAUCAGGAGUGAUCAGUGUUGAGGAUGGCCUUCACCGGCUCCGUAAGAUGGAGAAUACCACUGGCAUUUGGACCAUGCGCUGUAUCCUCAUCGUGGAGAGACGAGCACUUGUUGUUCUCGAUAAGAGCACAGGGGAAGAGCUGGAGCGUUUUCCUAUGGAAUGUAUAGUGGACCCAACUGCUGUGUUCAAGAACGACCGCCGGGAGGUGUACAAUAACCUGAUCCUGUUCACUGUGGUGGAGGACCACCGCAGGAAGAGCGGCCAGGGAGACCUGCACAUAUUCCAGAGUAUUAGUGUGGCUUCUCAAGAGAUUGUAGAUGAAAUAUUAGCAGCCAGAGGAGGUGGAUCUAAGCUUGGCCAAAGCCAAAGGAUUCCCCCACCACCAUCACAGCGCCCCCCAGAACCCCCAGGAAUGUACGGCAUGAGGAGUAACGUCGAGCAGUAUGCUGGUCCCUCUGGCCCCCGGCGCCCUGGCAACCACAUUCCAUUCAUACAAGAUGGUGGACAGAAUGAAGUCCUAGAGAAAGAUGUGCAAUUGCUGAAUCACUGUUUUGACGACAUCGAGCGGUUUGUGGCGCGACUACAGCAGGCAGCUGAAGCAUACAAGGAGUUAGAACGUAGGAAACGAGAGCGAGGCAACCGGGCACGAAAGAGACAGAGUGGAGAUGGCAUGCUGAGUCACAGAGCCCGACCCCCACCUGCCAGUGAUUUUAUCGAUAUUUUCCAGAAGUUCAAGUUUUCUUUCAACCUGCUGGCCAAGUUAAAGGCGCACAUCCAUGAUCCCAAUGCACCAGAGUUGGUUCACUUCCUGUUUACGCCUUUAAGUCUGAUCUACGAAGCCAGUCGUGAUCCGUUCCACGGCAACCGGGAUCUUGCCGACCAGGCAAUAUCUCCUGUUGUCAACCAUGAAGCUAAACAACUGUUGCUCAACUGUCUGACGUCCAAGGAGAUCGAGCUAUGGCAGGCGUUGGGGCCCAAAUGGACAACUAGCAGAGAAGAAUGGAGAGGCUACACGCCCCCGUUUAACCCCGUGUUCUACGAUGGCUGGCGACCGUCACCGAGUGUGAUCGAGGAUUCUCCUCCUCCUCCUCCACCUCAGGUACCAUUAGAGGCAGCGGUUCUUGCCCACCACAACCAAAUCAUGAACCACACGCAUGAGUCGGAUACUAGGCCAAUGCCUACCUACCAAGAGGAUGAUUAUCAGCGUAGAUUUGAGCCACCACGCCCGUCACCGCGCCCGCCAAGCCCACGGCCGCCGAGUCCGCCAAGGCAUGCUAUUCAGAGUACUUCAGCAGUGUACCCAGAAUAUGUAGAACAGCCCCAAGAGAGAAAUCGUCCCGAAAUGAGGCGUCAGUCUCCUACAUCGUCACGAGAUGAGGAAAACGCAGCCUACCUGGAUGAGCUGAGGCGGGGUGGUCAUCAAGUUUACGAAGCACUUCAUGAAAGAAAGGGCAAAAAUCAAAAAGAAAUCUCAGUGAAUAAAGGAGACAUCUUGCAGGUGGUGGACAGUAGCCGGAAGUGGUGGAAGGUGCGGAACUACAAGGGCGAAAUGGGUUAUGCCCCUUACACAAUACUGACCGAGGUCAAGGACUUGGGAUACGGAACGGACUUGGGCCGCGACCGAAACAGUGGCAACUACAACAACUUCCUGCCUAACGACCAGCCACCAGCGCCCCCUGUGCCACCUCCCGCCCCUGAUAUUGGCAGGAGCAGACAACCCAAAAGAGAGGAUGACUACUACUAUGACGACGACCUGGACAACACCACGCCGCCCCCCAUCCAACACGACCGCUCCGCCCGCCAGCAGGCCUCGCCCGCAGAGUUAUCAGCCUUCCAGCCACCCAUGCCAAAUGGACGACCAAGGUCGAGAGAUAAGACCCACCAGGACAUCCUCCAUGAUGAGCUGAGGGAGAAGAUGAACUCCAAAGGUAUCCUACAGCAGCACCAGGUGCCCCCUCUCAAACUCCGCCCUCAAGGUGCCAAUGUCUACAUCACCCGGAGCUCGUCACCCCAUGAGGUCAAGGAAUGGCUGGAAGCUAAAGGAUUCUCAGACUUAUGUAUCAAGACCCUGCACGGCUACAACGCACAGGAGUUGUUCCAGCUGAAGAAGCGAGACUUUGAGAGAUUCAUCGGGCAUGAGGAGGCCGUGAGACUGGAUGGUCAGCUCACCAUACAGAAGAAAACAUCCGGGUUCGAGACACGGGGUGGCAAGGAACUGCGGGAUAUCCUACAGCGGCGGAAGGAGCGAGCAGCCACCAGUGCCAAUGAUGAAGCUACCCUGGGGAAUCCUCCAGAUUUCCAACCAACCACAUACUCGGAUGAUGAGGACUCAGACGAUUCAUCCAAUGAUCCGCACUUAGCAGAAACUGGCAAAACUCUCCGAGAUCUGCUCAUCAGACAACGCAAGAAAAUCAUGGAAAACAAUGUGUUCGACAACCCGGGACAUCACCACUGAGGGGAGGCUACUCUGGCAUGGAUGAAGAAGGGAGAUAACUCUUCUCCAAUGGUGCAUAAAUGAUAAAUGUUAAUGACUGGGUUUGUUGCAGAGCACACAAGCUAAAACCUGUGCCGAGGGAUGCCCCAAGUAUUUAGUCUCCUGCUUAGAAUAUGUCCAUGUAUGUAUUUACUUUAUAUCAAAUGGUAUGAAUCUUUGUUUUACCUUUUGGGUUUGUGUAUCAAACAUAUUGAAAUAUUGCCCUUGGUACAAAUAUGAAAUUAACAACGUUGCCAAUCAUGGCAAUGAUGCUAAUUAUGUUGAUAAUUUAUACCCAGCUAUACAACGCUUGUCCAUGAUGACAUAAUGACUGUAUGCACAUAUGCGCAAUUUAUGACAAGACCAACAUGGUUGUAUAAAGUGGGGUCGUAAUAUGUCUGAUUUGUUUUAAAGGUGUAUCAGUAUAUGAAUACAAAAUACCCUGUUAUAUAAAUAAUAACCUUGUAUCACAUUAAUUCUUAUGUGUUCAAAGGAUGCUUAAGAACCAUUCUGAGAAAACCAUCAUUUGAAUACCAUAUACCUUGUUAUAUAAAUAAUAAACUUUUUCACAGGAAACCCUAUGUGUACAAUGGAUGCUUCAGAACCAUUCUGAGAAAACCAUCAUAUGGAUACCAAAUACCUUGUUAUAUAAAUAAUAAGCUUUUUCACAGGAAACCCUAUGUGUACAAUGGAUGCUUCAGAACCUUUCUGAGAAAACCAUCAUAUGGAUACCAAAUACCUUGUUAUAUAAAUAAUAAGCUUUUUCACAGGAAAACCUAUGUGUACAAUGGAUGCUUUAGAACCAUUCUCAGAAAACCAUCAUAUGAAUACCAAAUACCUUGUUAUAUAAAUAAUAUGCUUGUAUCACAUUAAUACAAUGGAUCCUUCAGAACCAUUCUGAGAAAACCAUCGUACAAAUAGAAAAUACCUUGUUAUAUAAAUAAUAUGCUUGUAUCACUGGAGUACCUAUGUGUUCAGAGGAUGCUUCAGAACCAUUCUGAGAAAAGUCUUGAUCUAACCAUUGUAUGAAUACAAUGUACCGUGUUAGAUAACAAUAUACAUGUACUUGUAUAGCAUGAAUACCCAAGAUUUGCAUAUAUAGCAAGCAUGGAUUUUGAAAGGAGGGGUGUACAGCUUUAGGGGAAAAGGGGUGCACUUAAAAUACCAAAAUCCUAGCACAUAAUUCGGGAAACAAUUUGUGUUUAUUCGCCAAAUAUUGUCCAGUAAAUUUUAGCUUUGCUUCCACAAUGCAACCAGAUGAUUUAGCUGUAAGUUGUAUGUUAUAGGUAAACAUGAUUAGUAUGCUUCAAAUAAGGAUGACACAUCUCUACUCCUCCCUGAAUCUAUUUAUGCAUAAGUCGCUUCAGAUACUUUCAGAAUCAUUUUUAUCUAAAUAUACAUGAACCUGUUCUGUUGAUGAAGAUAUUUAGACUUGGUAUAAUGUGCUUUAAAAAUGUCUUGUCAAAAGAAAGUAAAGUGAAUAAUUAUUCAGGAUGUGUUGACGACUUAUUGCUUAAACUUUGAUUUUAAUUAGGCAUGUUGACAUUAUUGUCUCAAAUACUUUGCUCAUAUAAUUGUGUAUGGUUUUCAGUUUUGCUCAGCGAUAAACUUGCCAAAAAGUAAUGCUAAUGUAGUCUAUAUACUGCAGGAGUGGUACACUCAUUUAUGUACUCAAUAAGGCUAAAAAAAAAUAGUCUUAGUUCUCAGGCACCGCAAAUAUCAUCAUAAAGUCUACCCUACGUUUUGUUGUUAUUUCCAUUUUCCCAAAAAAAUUAAAUCCUAAUACUUAAAAACAAUGCAAUCCCAUAUAGCAUGCAAUUACUUCCCUUUACAUGCACACUGCAUUACUGCGCAUCACGUGUGAUGGUCAUGGCAGCAAUGAGUUUGUAUGCUUGUUUGUGUAGGGAGGCCCUUUCCCAGGUUGAUGGUACACAACUGUUUAUUUGGUUACAUACUAGUUUGAACAAGGAAAAAAAACCACCUUCACCCGCCCGCACUAUAUUUUCAAAAGUCAUUGCCUGAGAACCAAUUCUUUUAUUUUUAAUAAGCCUUAGUCAUAUUUAUGCAAAUAACAUGCAUUGGAGAAUUAGCAUAGUUUUAAUCAAACUAGUGUAGACUAGCUAGCACCAUUUAAGGCCAAAGAAUUGUGAGGUAUUGUUGCUUAAAGGACAUUGUGGUUCCUUGGUAACCAUAGAAACACCCUUGCGUACUCUGAAAACAAAACAAUGACACUCAUAUUUUAUAGCCUGGCAGGUCGAGUUGUCCCCAGUCUGUUAGUGCAUCAUCAAAACAAUUUAUUAAAAUAUUUAUUAAAAUAUGUUUUCUUAUUUGUUUUACAAAGUAAUAAGUGUCAAAAGUUUUCAAAUCCCAAGUCAAAUGAUUAUUUUGUCUCCUAUAUUGGCCUACUUUAAGGGAUUUUUAAAGGACUAAUGAAGCAGAAAAAACUACUCAAUAAUUUAUUUUAAUUCACAUGUGUGAAAAUGGUAGAGAGAUUUUAAGAUUUAAUGAAAUUAGCCGUUUAUUCUUCACACCUGCACUAUAGUCUCUGUGACGUUUAGAAAUAGUCUACAGGGAAGUAGUUUCUAGAUAACCGUUACUGCUUGCAUCAACAAAUAUCCUAGUCAGCUUGUAAUACCACUAUUGGAGGA